AGGCCCAGGCCCAGCCCCGGCCUCUGGCACCUUUCUGACAGGCCAGAAGAAUGUUUGAAGGGGAGAUGGCAAGCUUGACCGCCAUUCUGAAGACAGGCACCGUGAAGGUGCCCAGGCCCAUCAGAGUUCUGGAUGCCCCGGGAGGAGGGAGUGUGCUGGUGAUGGAGCAUUUGGACAUGCGGUCUCUGAGCAGUCAUGCUGCUAAACUUGGAACCCAGCUUGCAGAUCUACACCUCGAGAACAAGAAGCGUGGAGAGAGACUCCUGAAGGAGGCUAGCACUGUGGGGAAAGGAGGAGAGCAGGUGGACCAGAUCUUUGUGGACCAGUUUGGGUUUGAUGUGGUGACAUGCUGUGGCUAUCUUCCCCAGGUGAAUGACUGGCAGAAGGACUGGGUUGUGUUCUAUGCUCGGCAGCGCAUUCAGCCCCAGCUGGAUAUGGUGGAGAAGGAGUCUGGGGACCGGGAGGCCCUGGAGCUCUGGUCUGCUCUGCAGCUGAAGAUCCCUGACCUGUUCCGUGAUCUGGAGAUCACGCCGGCCUUGCUUCACGGAGACCUCUGGGGAGGGAAUGUAGCAGAAGAUUCUUCUGGGCCCAUCAUUUUUGACCCAGCUUCUUUCUACGGCCACUCAGAAUAUGAGCUGGCUAUAGCUGGCAUGUUCGGUGGCUUCAGCGGCUCCUUCUACUCUGCCUAUCACAGCAAAAUUCCCAAGGCCCCUGGAUUCGAGAAGCGCCUGAAGUUGUAUCAGCUCUUUCACUACCUGAACCACUGGAACCAUUUUGGAUCGGGGUAUAGAGGGUCCUCCCUAAACAUCAUGCGGAAUCUCAUCAAAUGAGCUGUCUUUCCUCUGGACGAGGGGUCUCGAGUGUGCCUGCCUCAGAGCCAGGUCCACCACACUGGGACCAGUCUGGUCAGGACCGGUCUCCUGCCUGUUUGCCACAUGGCUGGAUUUGUGGAAGAUCAGGCAGUGGCUUUGCUUUGAGCCUCGUAAAGCGUGUGAAUCUGAGGAAAGGCCACAAGGCUCUGAUGUGGUUCACCUUGUUAGGUUCUUGGCUGCUUAAGGCCACAGUGUCCAUGCUCUGCUUCAAAGGUAGAGAACCGAGUGAUGGUGUGGGCGUCCAGUGUACAGGAAAGUAGCCAGGGCCCACCCACUUCCUGCCCCUCAGUCCAGCGUCAUCUCGGGGUGGCUCUGGAGCUUCAUAAAGCAUGAAGACAAGUCCAUAUGGAACUGUCUUACUAGAGGUUGUCGGUAAUGGUCAGCUCCACAGUCAAGCACAUUCCUUGUCUGUCCAUCACUUCCCCAGGCUUCUGCAGGCAGGGUGGGGAACUGACCGCGCCGCAAGCCUUUGGGUAAAUUGGAUGAAUAAGAGCCUCGGGUUAUUUCUGUAUUGCCCCAACUUUGCAUGCUCACUAGAGCUUAAUAAAUUGUCAGGCAUUCCUUUAAAAGUACAAAAUGAGCAUUGAAAUAGUUUUGUUUUCUAUCCUUUAGUAUUAAAAGAAUAGGAAAUUUCA